CUUACACAACACACGACAGACACUCAAAAGCAACGGCCCAGACUGUGAAAUCUCCUCGCCAUCAGAGCCGCAGUGAACUCGUAAGGCUAGGAUGGCAUCUAACUUAUUUCCAUAACCACGCUCGUUUUUCCGUUGAUCAUGAUGGAAGUCAUCCAAUCCCUGCGCCAAGCGCUGCCCCUUAGGGAUGUGCUCACCAGUCUUGCAAUCGCCCUGGUCCUGGCCCGUUAUCUUGCGUCGUCUGAAAAGCACGAACAGCCGCGUUUGAAGAAUACACUAUCGUCCUCAUUCAGCACGCAAAUAGCCAUUCCAGUGGGAUUCUUCGCCCUCUCCUUCGCAUCCCGAGUCUGGCUUGCUCUUGUAAACAAAUAUGUCCCUGAGCCAUACCUCGACGAGGUUUUCCAUAUCCCGCAGGCCCAGACCUACUGCGAGGGGCGCUUCUGGGACUGGGAUGACAAAAUCACCACCCCUCCCGGCCUCUAUCUCAUAUCCGUGGGGUAUCACAAGCUGAGGAUGUUUACGGAAUGUAGUCCGUCCAGUCUCCGCUCCAACAACACGGUCGCGAUCCUCUUGGCUCUGGUUGCAGCUCAAUGCCGCCACUUAAUCGAGGUUCGGGCGGCCGAGCGGGCGGGCAAGCAGGCACCUACGGGCACUUCGUUUGACACCUACUAUACUGGCCUGAACAUCGCCUUGUUCCCUGUUCUUUUCUUCUUCUCGGCCCUGUACUACACAGACGUCAUGUCGACGCUGGUCGUGCUGGUUGCGUACCGCAAUCAUCUACUCCGCCUGGCGCCGCGACCCCCGGGUUUCGUCAAUGACUUAUGGACAGUUCUCUUGGGCGUGGGUGCCUUAUUCAUGCGCCAAACCAAUGUCUUUUGGGUUGUCGUCUACAUGGGCGGUCUGGAAGCGGCGCAUGUCCUCCUUACUGUGGAACGCGGAUCGCAACAUCCCCUUACGAAACUCCAUGAUCCACCUCUGACUUGGUCUAGUCCAGACGACUGGUUCUUCUGCGUGGUUACACUCGUCACCACGGCUCUCUGCAACCCGGUCAGGGUUCUACGUCAGAUCUGGCCUCACAUCAGCAUUCUCGCGCUAUUCGCCGGCUUCGUGGCAUGGAAUGGAGGUGUAGUGCUCGGAGACAAGUCUAACCACGUUGCGACUAUCCACCUGGCACAAAUGCUCUACAUCUGGCCGCUCCUGGCCUUUUUCUCAGCCCCUCUCAUCCUCCCAUCAAUCUUAGGGGGCGUCUCCCGCCCUAUUCACUAUCUCAGAUCCGUCCUCUCGUUAACGUCAAAGCGAGCAACCCUCCUCUCUCUCCCCUACACCCUCCUCACCAUUAUCCUUUCCCUAGCCGUCGUCAAAUACAACACCAUCAUCCACCCCUUCACCCUCGCCGACAACCGACACUACAUGUUCUACGUCUUCCGCUACACCAUCCUCCGCUCCCCAACCAUCCGCCUCUCCCUCGUGGCCGCCUACACCGCCUGCCGCUGGGUAGUAUGGGACCAGCUCGCCGGGACCAGCCACGCCACAUCACCACCUAAACAACAACAACAACAACAACAACAACAACAACCCACCACCAAACCAGCCCCUCAAGCCCCAACGCAAAUCACCCCCACCCCCGACCACCACCACGCCCCUCCCUCAACAACCACCGCCCUCCUCUGGCUCCUCACCACCGCCCUCUCCCUCAUAACCGCCCCCCUAGUCGAACCCCGCUAUUUCAUCCUCCCCUGGGUCUUCUACCGCCUCCUGCUCCCCAGCAGCAGCAGCAGCAGCAGCCGCCCACCCUCCUCCUCUCCUCCUACCCCCCCCGGCAGCAACACCGACGACACUACCAUGCCGACGCCUGCGCCCGAGCGCAACCCGUUGGCGCGGCUGUCGGCGUGGGUGGGCGGGCCGUGGGGCCCCGUCGGCGAGGGGCGGCUGGUGCUGGAGACGGGGUGGUUUGUGGUGGUGAAUGCGGUCACGAUGUAUAUGUUUUUGAUGAGGGGGUUUUAUUGGUGGGGGGAGGAUGGCGCGGUGGGGGAUGGGGGACGGGUGCAGAGGUUUAUGUGGUAGGCUCGUAGGGGAGGGUUGGUAGGUGGGGGUUGAUCGGUGGGGGCCUGGCACGUGGGUUGGUUUGGUGUGUUGGGUAGGGCUUGUUUUCGUGGUAUUAUUGGGGUUGUGGGUGAUUUUGGGGUUUUGGCCGUGAUUUGUGAGGGUCCGUUGACCACCC